AUCACGACCCGCAUUCACAGCCGGCUCCAGGGUGUGCUGGCCUGCUGGUUCGUGGCUCCUGGACGAGGCUCGGUCGCUGCUUGCAUUCUCUAAGACUUACUAGAUUCCUAUGAAAUUUCUAUGCACUCUAAAAGUCAAAAUUUGCAUGAACAUUAACACACCUACGUAUGGCAAUGUUUUGUCCUGGACGAUUGCUUACUCAGGCAGAGGAUUGCAUUGUGGGAUCAUGGAUGGCAAAGGUGUGUCUGCUAUCCUCAUAACCACAGAAAUCAGGAAAGGGUUGGUGUGUUGGCUAACAUGUCUUCAGCCACCGGUGGAGAUAGAGGAUUGGAGUCCUCUUUGGAAGCUAGUAUGAACAGUACCUGCUCUUAUGGAUCCACGCGGGCCAGGAUCUUUAAGAUCAUUGUGAUUGGUGAUUCCAAUGUGGGAAAGACUUGCUUAACUUAUCGUUUCUGUACCAGCUACUUCCCUGAAAGGACUGAGGCCACAAUAGGUGUAGACUUUCGAGAGAGGGGCGUAGAGAUUGAUGGAGAGAAGAUUAAGAUUCAGCUAUGGGACACGGCAGGACAGGAGCGUUUCCGUAAGAGUAUGGUGCAACACUAUUACAGAAAUGUGCAUGCUGUGGUUUUUGUGUAUGAUAUCACAAACAUGGCCAGUUUCCAGAGCCUACCAGCCUGGAUCGAGGAGUGUAAGCAACAUUUGCUCACAAACGACGUGCCCCGCAUUCUGGUUGGAAAUAAAUGUGACCUAAAGGACUCCAUUCAAGUGCCCACUGAUUUGGCUCAGAAGUUUGCCGAUGCUCACAGCAUGCCAAUGUUUGAGACCUCUGCCAAGAAUACCAAUGACCAUGUGGAAGCCAUUUUUAUGACUCUGGCACACAAGCUCAAAAGUCACAAGCCAUUAGUUUUGAGUCAGCCUCCAGAGAGCACAGUGGAGCUGAAUUCUGUGCCAAAGACCUCUUUUCCCUGUGGAUGCUAGAUGUCCGUUUUGUUGGACUAGAAUGCAGCGGGCAUUUUACAAGUGGAAUUCAUACAAAAUUCGGUUACAUUGGGCACCAGGAAAGAUGCAUGGUUUCAUGGAGGCCUAAGGCAUGUGCUGUUCAGGGUGUUUUUUUUUGUUUUU